UCUGGCCACACUGCACUGGGUCAGAAGCUGUCUCCAGAACUGGCCGAGGUUCUGUCAAGGGAGAGGCCAUCCAGCAGAAUGGCGUGGAAUGAAACGUGCAAGGACUGGCUGGAGGUCCAGUCGGCCUUGGAGAAGUACUACCUCUCCAUCUUUUACGGCUUUGAGUUCGUCGUGGGAAUGCUUGGGAACACCACGGUGGUUUUCGGCUACCUCUUCUGUCUGAAGAACUGGAGCAGCAGUAACGUCUACCUGUUCAACCUGGCCAUCUCGGACCUGGCCUUCCUGUGCACGCUGCCCAUGCUGAUGCGAAGCUACUCCAAGGGAGCCUGGCAGUACGGCGAGGUGCUCUGCGUGAGCAACCGCUACGUGCUGCACGCCAACCUCUACACCAGCAUCCUCUUCCUCACCUUCAUCAGCGUCGACCGCUAUCUGCUCAUGAAGUUCCCUUUCCGGGAGCACCUUCUGCAGAAGAAGGAGUUGGCCGUCUUGAUCUCCUUGGCCAUCUGGGCGUUGGUCACCUUGGAGCUGCUGCCUAUCCUCCACGUGAUCGGCCCGGUCACCACGGAGGAGGGCACAAGCUGCACCGACUACGCCAGCUCGGGGGACCCGCGGUACAACCUCGUCUACAGCCUGUGCCUGACCCUGGUGGGGUUCCUGGCGCCGCUGGCUGUCAUGUGCUUCUUCUCCUACAAGAUCACUAUUUUUCUGCGGCAGCGGAGCCGGCAGCUGAGCGUGGCGCAGACGCUGGAGAAGCCCCUGGCGCUGGUGGUCCUGGCCGUGGUGGUCUUCUCCGUGCUCUUCACGCCCUACCACGUGCUGCGCAACGUGCGCAUCGCCUCGCGCCUGGGCGGCGGGCAGGGCUGCACGCAGGUGGUCAUCAGCUGCCUGUACGUGCUGUCGCGUCCGCUGGCCUUCCUGAGCAGCGCUGUCAACCCUGUCUUCUACUUCCUGCUGGGCGACCACUUCAGGGAGAUGCUGGCCAGCAGGCUGCGGCAGGGCUGGCAGUCCCUCACGGCGCUCAGAGGGUGACUUGGCUCUGCACAAGGCCACCGCUCCCAGCAAGCCGUCGGCGGCCUGGCUCCUCCAGCCCAUCAGGAGGGGCUCCGAAAUGAAGCUUGAGAGGCGCGUGGCACCUGGACAUGCGGUGGGAAGCAGGGGAGAAAGUGAGGGGCUCUCCACCCAUGAACUCAAGAGGUCCAGCCCCAGGUGCUCAAAGACUUCUCACCCGGAGCGAGCUUCUGGUGCCUGGAGUCAGGGGGCAGACCCGCAGCCACUGUGUUGGCCAAGUUCUCCGGUGAUUCUCAUUUGUACCAUCCCAGACCUAGCCAAAUAGCAGAUUAGAUAUAUUCUGUCAGAUGUUGUUUUUAGGAGUUGUGUUCUUAAGAAAACUGAAAGUAACAAGGAUUCAGAAAGCAGUGUAAUGAGUUCAAGCAUAUUUCCUUACACUGACCAUGUGUUGAGGUGGAUGUGUAUUUAAUCACUAAUCACUCUUUGUUUUUGUUUUUGUUUUGGUUUUUUUGGUUAGAUGGGUUAUCAGUGGAAAGAACCUGAAGAGAUAAUUCAGCAAAGGGAGAAAAUAGAUUUGUUUGUGCUUGGAAAUUUAGGCAAUCUAGGAAAUUUAAAUUUAAUACAAUUCUUGGUAUUGUAUCAAAAUACUAGAGACAUGCCAAGGAUAGUUGCAAAAAUUUCAGGUGACAACCGAGGAACCUCAAGCCAAAUAAAACAGAACAAAAGUGA